GGGGGGAUUUGUGGAUGUUGACGGCAUUUGAUAAGGAUUGGGAAUGUUGUGAAAUUGUUGGGGUGGUUGUUGGUGUAAUUGUGGUGGUUGUUGGCGUAAUUGUGGUUGUUGAUGUAGUGGUGGUUGUUGAUGACGAGGAAAUGUGUUGUUAGUUGGGGGGUGGAAAUUUUUGUUGUUGAUGUUUUUGAGAGGAGUUGGCCUAGGUUGAUAUUUUUGGAAUGGUUGUUUUGGUGGUUGUGGUGGAUAAUUGUAAGUGGGUUUGGACCAAUUGUUGUUGAUGAAAGGAGUUGAUGAAGAAGAGGAGGAUGAUUGUAAAUGUCGUUUUUUUGGUGGGGGCAUUUCAGAUUGUUGUUGCUUAGAUUGAUUCUGUGGUUGAUGAGACCGCGAACUAUAAGUUAAAAAAUUAUUAUGAAAAUUAUGAGUAUAAUUAAUAAAGGGGGUGAAUGCUGUUGCAAUGUCCAGAAACCUUUUC